ACUGAGCUCGUAUUAGGUGAUGAUCUGUGCAGUUAUCGGCCUGGCCGCCGCCUUGCCAGUUGCCCCUAACCCUGACGAUGUAAAGGCCGAAGUUGUUUCCCGCAAGGAUGAUAUUCGCCCGGAUGGUUUCGACGCAAGCCUUGAUACAACCAACCAUAUCACACGCGCAGAGAGCGGUGAUGAGCACGGAAACAUCCACGGCAGCUUUGCCUGGAUCUCGCCUGAGGGCGAAAAAAUCGAAAUCUCUUAUGUUGCUGAUGAGAACGGAUAUCAGCCACAAGGCGCAUCUCUGCCCGUACCACCCCCGAUCCCAGCUGAGAUCCAGCGCAGUCUUGAAUGGAUUGCUGCUCACCCAUCAAAGCCCGAGCAUUAAGCUUUAAAAAGUGGCACCUGAGCGCACCUGUUGAAUGGAUCUUCUAACGGACUUCUCUCUAUAAUUUUACUAUAUACAAUAUCGCAGCAUGAUUGAUUUUUGAAAUUCAAAAUAAAUUCA